ACAAAAAACCCAUCUUGCGAGCUAGUAAGGUUGAAAAGAUUUUGAAUCAAAAGAUUUUUACUCUCCAAUCCCGUCUUUCUGGUCUAUCCCAAGGAUUUCAUUUCCACGGGCGAAGUUCAUUACAACACAUCCAAAUGAUGUCUACAAACAAGGUGUCGUUGCUCUAUAGAUUUGAGGGCGACUUCAUUUGUGAAUCAAAUAAGGUUUGCUACAAAGGAGGCACAAACUGCAUUGUUCAUGUCGAUCGAGGGAUUGUUUACGUCAAUCUUGUAUCCAAAGUGCAUGGGAUUUGCAAGUUUACCGACAUUAGCAACAUCAAGUACAACUAUCCUGGUCUAGAUUUGGAUUCACUUUUGUCGAUUGAGAAUGAUGAUGACGUAUCCAAUAUGAUGGAAGCAUUUCCUCAAAGCAGUGAGCCUAUUCAGCUCUUCAUUUUUUGUGGCCAAAACCUUUCAAUCCCCACUGUGAUUCCCAGUUUUCUGUUGCAGAAUGCCAAUAAUGAAAAUAAUCAAGCAUCAUUGCGGGAUUUGCAUGAAAGUAAUGGAACACUUGCACCUUCCUCACAUAAUACUACUGUCAUUAACAACGAUGUUCCAAGUGCAUCAAAUGAUUUACGUAAAGUGAACAGCUUGUUGAUGGAUAAUCAAGAAUUAUAUUACAGGGUGGUUGAUACUUGUGUUAAUGACAUGCUCAAAAUUAUGUUAGUUUUAAAAGAAUACCAAGAAUUUGAAGAUGCAAAUGCUUUCCACAAGGCUUUAAGGGAGUACGCCAUACGUUCAAAUUUUGAAUACAAGCGAACUAGGUCAGGCGGUGGCCGUUAUCAGGCAAAAUGCAUUAAAGACAAUUGCUCAUGGCACAUACAUGCAUGUAAGCUUCUUGACAAGCCUACAUUCAAGAUAAAAUCCCUGAAGGGAAACCAUACUUGUUAUGCUACGAAUGAGUUAACAAUGUCAAAUACAAGAACGGAUCGACAGGCCAGUAGGAAAUGGAUUGCUGCUUUGGUCAAGGAUGGACUCCAGAAAGAUUUGCUUUGUAUACCCAAAGAUAUUAUUGAUAAGAUAAUGCAAGAAUAUGAGAUUGAAGUAAGCUGUGAUAAAGCUUGGAGGGGUAAAGAGUUGGCCCUAAAAGAGAUAGCACUAGAACAAUAUGUUCCAAAUCUUGGUAUGCUUUGUAAAGACAUUGAGAUGACAAAUCCAGGAAGCACGGCAAAGCUUAGCAGGUCAUCAGACAAUUCCUUGAGACUUUUUUGUUACAUAUAAGGCUGUCAUUUAUGGUUUCAAGUAAGAAUGCCGACCACUUGUGAUGCUUGAUUGUUGGAAGAUGGAAGGAAAAUGUCGAGGUGUGUGGCUCUCUGCCAUGGCCAUUGAUGCAAAAGAUGAUGUGUUCCCAGUCUCAUAUGCAUUUGUUGAAUCAAAGAACGUAGGGAAUUGGAAAUGGUUCUGUGAUGAGUUGGCUCAAGUCUUGGAAUGCAUACUUAAAUUAACAUUUAUGUCAGAGAGAGAAGAAGGGAUUCUUGAUGUGGUUAGUGAUAUCUUUCCAUAUGCAUCUCAUCGUUACUCUCAAGAGAGUCUGGUUGGAGAAAUUUGCCUAAAGUUCAACUGUGGGGAUUUGAAUAAGCUUUUUAAGAGUGCAGUUUAUGUAGGGGGUCAUUCUGAAUUCGAUGCUUGCAUGUGUGAAAUUCAUGAUAAAUAUAAAAAAGCAUGGAAUAUUGUAAAUGAUAUUAAUCCUGAACACUGGGCCACUUCUCACUUUGAAGAGAAGCUUUAUUUUGAAGAGGGUUGUUAUUUUGACGUUGUAGGUGAAUGGUGGGAUAAGUUGGAGGGAUGGAGAAAGGUGCCUAUCAAUAGGGUGUUGGUAAACUUGCUCGAUUAUAUGAUAGAGAUUUUUAAUGAAAGGCUUAAUGAAAGUUCAAGCUGGGACACACAAUUCGUUCCUAGAGUUGAACAAAUUAUUUGUGUAGGAAAGAUAACGUCAGAAAAUUAUUGUGCAUCAGGUGGUGCAGCAGAGUUUGAAGUUCAUGAUGUGAACAAUGCAAAUGCAGAUCCAAAUAAGGUGGAUCUUAAAUGGCAAACAUGCUCUUGCCUUAUAUGGCAAAGGUGUGG